AUGAGGGAGGCCAUUCAGUUGUUGACCCAGUUAGUAGUCGCUCAGGCUCAGCGGCAAGGUAGUGGUCAUGGUGAUAGAGCGGUCAGCGCCAGAGUUCAUGAUUUCAUCAACCUAGACCAUCCAGAAUUCUUUGGGUCAAAACCAAAAGAGGACCCGCAAAACUUCAUAGAUGAGAUGCUGAGAACAUUGCAGGAAGGUAUGGAUAUUUCUCGUAUUCAGGCCCAUGCCCAGAAUCUUGAGAAACGGCAGCAGCAGCGGAGGAGUGAGCGUGAGCAUGAUAGGGGUUAUAGGAAGAGGGCUAGAUUCUCCGACACAGUUAGCGAGUUCAGAGGAGCUCAGAGCUCCAGAGCUCUCAAUUCUCAGAUCAAUAGUGGUUCCAGUCAGAUGAGACCACCUUUAACAUGGUGUACUCAGUGUGGUAGACUGCAUUGGGGACAGUGCCGAUCAGGUUCAGAUAUUUGUUAUGCCUACAGUCAGCCAGGCUAUUUUAUGCGUGACUGUCCAUCGAGAGUUGGUAGAGGUAUGGUCCAGCCUACAAGAUCAGCUACUGAUUCUUCAUCAUCUGUACGCCCUCCGGGGAAAAGCUCACAGACACCAGCAGGUUUUGGUAGAGGGAAAGCAAAAGUAGUAGUUGAUGCUCUCAGCCGCAGAUCCAUGGAUAGCUUAUGUGAUGUCCAACCGGAGAAGAGGGAGUUAGCUCGUGAGCUUCAAUAG